GCCCAUAUAAUUACCAUGUUUACGUCGAUACCUUCACCAUUUCCAGCACCCAAAACAAGUUUAUAACUGUUGGUUGCGACGCAUUGGGUGUAAUAAAGUUCCAGGACACUUUGCGGGACAACUUCACCUAUUACAGUGGUUGCGUUGCAUUGUGUGACACACCACCGAAAGUGAUGAAUGAUAACACUUGUUCAGGGACAGCGUGUUGCCAGGUGGACAUUCCUGUGGGAAUGAAUAAUGUUAGUUUUGGAGCAUCUAGCGUUUACAAUCAUACCAAAGUGUUGGCCUUCAACAACUGUAGUUAUGCUUUUGUAGCCAGACACGAUUGGUUUGAUUCUCUGUUGAUUAUCUGCACUACUUUCCCCAUGACAUGGUCCCGCUCGUCCUAGAUUGGACUGUGUCAAAUGUUACUUGUCAAACUUCUUUUACUAAUACCACAGACUAUGCCUGCAAGUCCAACACAUACUGUGUGGAUUCUAGUUAUGGAGUUGGAUACAUCUGCAAAUGUAAACCGGGCUUUGAGGGAAAUCCAUAUCAUCCAGAUGGAUGUCACGAUGUUGAUGAGUGUAGCAAAUCCAAUAACUGCAGUAUGCCAGAGCAAUGUCUCAAUUUCGAUGGUACUUACCGAUGUUUUUGUCCAUCUGGAUAUAAAGGUGACGGCUAUAUUAAUGGAACAGGAUGCACUUUGGAAACACAUCAAUCUACUAAACGUUUGCUUGUUCUUACAACUGCAUUAGGUGAGAAUAUGAAGGACUCUUGCUGUAGUGUGUCUUGUUUUCCAAGAAUCACAUCCAAGGAUCUCCCAAGAGAAUUAUUUGCAGACAAGGACUAA